AUGGCGGACUACUCGGUCGAGUGGACCCGGGGCUGCCAUUUUCAUUUCCAGCUCAAUCUUCCGAGACAGCGUAAAUAUCGGGUCUCUGUACUGGAAACUGCACGAAAAGAGGGCAUCACUCACCCGGUUUGCCCGUUGACCGAGGCCGAGUUGGACGAGCGUCGCCAUGGCUUGUCCCAUUUCUGGACGGAGCCUGUCGUCCCCGGACAAGGUCUGCGGAUGCCGAGGCCCUUGACUUCGCUUGAAGUCGCGGCGGAGUUGGGCAAUACAGAAAUGAUUGAUAUCCUGCGGAUGGCUGGAGCAGAGGAGUCUGCUUGGCUCAAGACCGCAGCAUCAGUGACAGAACAGGAUGUCGGGCGGCUGUUUGACAUAUACGACGAAGAUAACGUUCCAUUUUCUGCCUUGUCAACGUCCUCUCCGGUCCAUGAAGCCAUGGCCGCUGGCCGCGUGAUGAUGCUGAGGCACCUGCUGGAUACCUGUGGAUAUUCCCCUAACUACUGUCCUCGUGCCGCCCCAACUGUUGCUCUUCCGCCUCUUUCAUACGCCAUCUCCCGGUGUGAUCUCAGCGACCCCGGUGUUCAAAGAUGUCUAGUUGAUUUGCUCUCCCACCCGCAGCUGAAUCCCAACCUCCGCACCCCAAUCUUCAAUGUCCAUGCUCUCCACUUCGCCACAGCGCAUCACGAUCCUGAACUUCUCCGCUGGCUUGCCGGCUUCAUGCCCGGCGGACUGGGCGCGGCCGGGACAACCGCUCUGGGGCAUAGUCUGCUUCACGGCCGCCCAAAGCAUUCACUCAUCCGCACGCUGGAUGUGCGCUGGCGGCCUCAUUAUCGCCCUAGCCGGUCCAAGACGCCGAGCGAACCGAGCGCGCUGAACCCGCAGCCCAUGACCGAGUCCCAGCAACAGGCGCAGAAGGCGACCGUCCAGGUGUUGCUGGACUGGGGUGGGUGUGAAGUCGGGGCGCAGGAUGUGGAUGGCAACAUGGCGCUGCAUUAUCUGGCGGGCACUUUGAACAUCGACGUAGCGACUAUUACGUUGGUACCCAAGAAUGCAUCUAUGGUGUUAGAAACAUAG